CGGAACAGCAGCAACAACAAGAGCGACAACAACAACAACAACAACAACAAGCAAUGCAUGUGGCUAGACUGCUACACUGACGUAACGAAUCAUAGACGCACUUGUUGCCACACGCCGAGGCCGGGGCAGGGGCAAAGGCAACUAAAACCAUUUGGAAUUGCGUAGUUGGGGAAAAUGUUUGCAGGUCUGGCCGCGGCAGGCGGCGCAGACAUUUAUCAGGAUGCAACGAGCACGUUGCGCUCCGUGUUUCCCAACUCGCGCCUGGACUCGCUGGCGGGGCAUGCAACGGCAGGGCCGCAGCAUGAUACGCAUAUGGACAGCCAGUUGCCAGCACCAACAGCGGAUCAGGCAGCAGACGCCUAUAAUCCGCUGGACGAUGACUGGUGGGCCAAUGCCAUUGAGGUGGACACCUUCGAUUCACCGCUGGCGUUUGAUGCCAGCGAGAAUGGGCUGUGGAACGGUCAUUUUGUGCCGCCGCCGCCACGUCCGCCCUUUCUGGAUGAAAGCGUCGCCGCUGACGGCCUGACCACCUGUGAUCUAUGCACGUGGGCCUGGCAGCGUAAUGCCUACUCUCUGGAUGGCUCGAUAGAUACCGCUGGCGAGCUUGGCUGGGCAUUCACCCUAAUCGUAGUCUCAAUUUUAUCGGCUCUUAUAGGUGCUAUUGUAAUGGUCAUAGUUCUAAGAUGUAGAAGAAUUAAAUCAGCGAAUGCCAACGGUGGCCGCCCGCAACCCUGGUGGUGUCGCAACAAUCGCAACGGCGCGGCCCAGAAUCGUUCGCCGAUAUCGAUCAAGCACUCGGCGGACAGCAUACGUCGGCCGACAAGCAACUCGGGCGUCUGGACCUGGCUGGGCGGUAGUCGACGCUCAUCGGCGGGUCCCGAUCAGAUUGGACCGCAAUCACAAUCGCCGGCGGAGAACCAUUAUACCCACAUGGACGAUGCGUAUAGUCCGGUGGGUGUGAGCGAGGCGCUCUAUGCUGAGCUCGAUCGCGAGUCUGUACGCUCAGCAAAUCCGUCGUAUCAGAAUACAGCGUACAGUCAGUGUGGUGAGAAAUACAAUUUCCAAUCGCACGAACAUGACAUUCCCAUGGUCGUCUCGUCAGCGCCAAGCAGCGCCUACUACUCCGAUCUGUCGGUAACCGCCAUGCCAGGAGGUGCAAGUGGCAGCAAUCAGGGCGGUGCCUAUGAGAUUGUUGGCCUUAAUGUUAUGUCGCAACCGCUGCCCAACUGGGAGCAUCAUGGCGGCGGCGGCAGGCACGUAACGGCUCUGGCGGCGUAUACACGGCCUAUAUAG